GCUUAACAUUGUUUUUCUUUAUACUAUCCAUUUUUACAAAAGUCAAAAAAUAUCUGCCAAGUUGGCCGGUAAAAUCUGGUAUAAAGUCUGCAAUAAGUAAGAUGAUCCACUCUACGCAGUAUUUGAUUGUCAUUUUUGGUUCUUCUUGUAUAUAUGCUCCUCUUAAAAAUAGCACAUCUAUCAGCCCCUUCCUUUGAAAAAUACUUUGUUUUCUGUAGAUUUUUCUUGAAACGGUUUAUUUGUAUCUCUUGAAUCUAGUUAUAGGUUAGUUAUAGUUAUAGGCUAUUAGUUUCGACUUCUUCGGACCAAAAAUAUGGUGAACUCUGCCUACGUUGUUUUCUGUCUUGAGAAGCGAGGUGGCUGCUGUUUCUUUGUUCCGUGUAUAAUGGCUUUUGUUUUCACUAUUUAAGCGUAUGGUAAUAAGUCGGUUUGUGGUGAUUUAGCAGGUUGUUGGUGAGUGGUCAGUGAAUAAUAUAUAUUGGUAUCCGUCACUUGUUGUUCUGGUUCAUCGAAGAGUCCAAUAUCGGAGUUGUGUGAUGGUACAUAAAUUUCCAGAAUUUUUCUGAUGUUCGUGACAGUCUUAUUGGCGCUCGGCUUGGCAGCGUCGUUGUGGCUGCGCUGGCGACACCAACACAGAGGCCUUCUCAAGGCAGCUCAGCAGUUUCCUGGUCCGAAGACGCUACCAGGCCUUGGGAAUGCUAUGACGUUCAUUUGCACACCUGAAGAAAUGGUCAAACAAAUUAAAAGCUUAUUCGUCAACUAUGGGGACAUCGUGAGAUUCUGGCUGGGGCCCGAUCUUAAUAUUGUCGUUGCCUGCCCUGAUGAGCUCAAGAUUCUCUUGUCUAACUCUAAAAUGAGUGUUAAAGGGCCGCAGUAUAAGUACAUGGCCGAUGUAAUCGGUGGAGGAAUUUUGAGUGGUUCAGGCCCUGAGUGGAGAAAGCACCGUAAAAUCGCGAACCCCAACUACGGCAAGCGCGCUAUCGAGAGCUACACACAUGUAUUCAACCACGAAGUCAGCCUACUGAUGGAGGAACUGAGGAAAAAGCCUCAUGACCAGCAGUUCGAUAUAUACAAGGACAUCGUCAAUACCACCAGCUACUCAGUAUGCCGUAGCCUCAUGGGUUUAACUAAGGAACAAACUAUGAAUAUAACUGGCAUACAAGAAAUUAUUGAAGAAACUCCAAGUAUCUACGAAAUAGUUUUUGAUAGAAUGACGAAAUGGUACCUUCAGAUAGAUCCGGUAUUUUGGCUGACGAGUCAAUAUCAAUUCCAAAGACGAUUUAAUAAACUCAUAACUAACUUCAGCAAAGAUAUCUUGAAACACAGAAGGGAACACCUCAAAAAUAUCGGGGAGGACUUCAAAUUGGAACAUAUGGAGAUGAAAGAGGAUGGCAUGCUCAGUGUCAUAGAUAGAUUUAUAUUGUCUGGUGAGCUCGAUGAACCGACAUUGGAAAAAGAGACAUUUACUAUAUUCACAUCUAGUCAAGAAGCUUCAGCGAAGAUCGCAUCGUAUUUACUUCUAAUGAUGGCGUACCAUCCACAUUGUCAGGAGAAAUUAUACAAUGAAAUAAAGGGUGUUUUGGGUGAUUCCGACCGUGACGUCACCGAUGAUGAUUUGAAGAGGAUGCCUUACUUGGAGAUGGCGUUUAAGGAGAUAGUGCGGCUGUUCCCGAUCGGCGCUAUGUUGCAGAGGACGGUGACAGAAGAUAUUGCUAUACGAUCAGGCUACCUCCCAGCCGGCAGCUCGAUGACCAUCUCCAUAUUCCACUUACACCGCGACCCGAGGUUCUGGGAAAACCCGGACGCUUUCGACCCCGAGAGGUUCAACCCGGAGAACACUGAGCGGCGGCAUCACAAUGCGUACAUUCCAUUCAGUUUGGGACCAAUGGAUUGUUUGGGCAGGUACUUCGGCAUUAAACUAGUGAAGACGAUAUGCGCAAGGAUAUUGAGAGAGUUCGAGGUGACGUCACAGAGCUCGUACGAAGACCUGCGCGUGACCAUAUGCAUCUCAGUGGUGACCCUCGGCGGAUAUCCCGUCAUAUUGAAGAAACGAAAUAGUACUAAGUAGUUUAUUUUUAUUUAAGGCACAAAUAUACUAUAUUUGUGUGUGGAACAGCGUUCUCACUCUAACCGUACUAAAUGUAUGAAACCGAUAGCUCUCUGACGUGCCACAACACAAGACGACAGAAUUGUAUGUGUAGUUCUGCCAUUGCUUUAUUUAAAACCACGAUACUAGUUAUACUUUUAAAAUCAUUAAAAAGGAAGGACUGAUUAGAUAUUCAAGAAUGUAUCGUUUCUUUUUGUUUGUGAAAAGAUGUGAAAUUACCUGUUUUUUGAUAACAGAUAAAAGAACUAUUUACUGAAAAAUUACUAUUUAUUACAGUAAAUUUGUAUAUUCGAGGAAACGCAAAUGCGAUGUAACCUAAUUCUAUGUUUUGUUAAGUAUUGAAAAAAAAGUUCUGCGAUUCGUUUUAUGGGUAAUGAAAAUCGUUGAAAGUAAUUACGAUAAAAUGAUGGAUUCCCAAAAAUUGAAGUUCCAACUUUCAAGCCUUUUUUGAGUAACUUUAAUUAAUUACAGAAAGCUUAGUUAUUUUUUUUAUUAAAACAACAUUCAAGACAAUUAUGUCACAAAAAAAGACUACCAAAUACCUACUACAAACAAAAGAUAUGAAUUUUUGAAACCUCGCUGGCAGAAAUCAUUAAGAAUACACAAAAAAAAAUAUACCUCGAAAACUAAGAAAAGUCGCGGAACAUACAUAGGGUAUUUUUGGAUACACCCAGGCGAGAGGAAUCUAAAAAAAAUGUUGACGUCACUAAUUGGAUCACUCUGUAUAGAUAUAAACUUUUUCGAUCUCUCUGGUCUACUACUGGUACUUCCAUCAAUCAGGUUGCUACCAGCCUAGUAGGUAUUGCAAAUGGUGCAAUCAUAGCAAUUAUUUUCCAAAUAUAUUUUUUCAAUCUAUAAACGAAAUAAGAAUAAGUAUGUAUAAAUUAGCAAAUAACGAAUCACUAUUUACCAAAAAUUCUAAGUAUUUUUUACAAAUAUAAUCAAAUAAACAUUUUACUUAGUUUGUUUUUUAAUCUUUUUCAUCAAUUAAAUAUUAUUAUCCUAACUAUCUUCUUAUAAUAAUAUUAUAAUGAGGCAAGAGUUGUAUUUUUGUAACAAAUAAUCUCUCAAACUACUAAAUCGAUUUCGAAAAUUCAUUUACCAUAAGGUAUUAUUUUUUAUUUUAUUUUCAAGCAUUAAUUUCAAUAUCGUUAAUUAAUCUGCUCGAUAUUAUAAAUCUAAAGAAAAUAUAAACUUGAAAAAAAUCCGCUUUAACAAUUUCUCCGAGAGGAAAUUUUUCUAGUAUUUUUUUUCUUUAUAACUACAUUACAUUUCAUCUCCUACACCUUUACUGGUUGACUGGUAGAGAAUGCCUAUGGCAUUAAGUCCGCCAUUUACUGUUUUUAUGGUAAUAAAGAAUAAAUAAAUAAAUUAUAUGAUGUAGGUGACAUAGGCUAUGUUUUGUUAGUAUAUUUGUUACUUUUUCGCGCCCUAAUAAAUAAGACUCCGCCGGCGAGCGAUUACACAACAGUAAACAAUGGGUAGUACGUUCAUUAGCUAUAAUUGUAAAAAUAUUAAAAGGAGCGCGGAGUGCGUGAGAAAGCUAUGUAAGUCAGCCGAUAUUAUAGCUCUUCAAGAGACGUGGCUAUAUCAGCAUGAUCUAUCGAUGCUUGGCCAGAUUGAUACAGACUUUAGUUAUACGGCCAAAUCCUCCACGGACCCAUCGGUGGGCAUGCUGCGGGGAAGGCCCUAUGGCGGUGUGGCCCUGUUGUGGCGGAAGAACGUUUUUCAGAGCGUCUCUGUAGUGAAGUGUACUAGUGAUCGCGUAGUGUGUAUUAAAGCGAACAUAGGUGCUAACCGUGAAAUAUUAAUAUUUAGCGUCUAUAUGCCUACGGACAAAUCGGUUAAUCUCCCUGAAUUUACUGAAUGUUUGGGCGAAUUAAAUGCAGUAAUACGUGACUGUGAUAUAGAUGUCGUUUACAUGUUGGGGGACUUUAAUGCUCACCUGACGGCUGAUUUUGGUAACGAACUUGUGAACUUCUGUGACGAAAAUGAGUGGAUUAUCGCAAAUAUACUCAAGUUGGGCAUUUCCUUAAAUACAUAUAAUUUUGUAGAUGAGUCAAAUAAGUGUAGGGGAAGGUGGUUGGACCACUGCUUGGUUACUAAGGCCGCAGGGUCGUCAGUGGUGAGUAUUAAAGUUCACAAUGAUAUUUAUUGGUCUGAUCAUUUCCCUCUUGAACUGAACUGUUACUUGAAUAUAAUUAAACCUAAAUUAGUGUCUAAUAACAAUGUAAAUAGUCGUAUUGUAUGGGGAUUAAGGGACACGGAAGAAAUAAAUAAAUAUUAUAAAGUUUGUAAUGAUAGACUAAGAGACAUUAAUUUCCCUGGCGAAUUUCAUCAAUGUGCCGAUUCGAUGUGUAAUAUAGAGCAUAGAUUUGUUAUUGAUCGGUUUUAUCAUUCUAUUGUUAACAUUUUAUGUCAGACAUAGAUGGAAAGUCGCAAUAACUCGGCAAAAAGUAAGAAUUGUUUAUGGAUGGAAUAAGCAUGUUAAGGAUGCGCAUAGGCGGGCUAGGCUUGAUUUUCAAAUAUACUUGUAUUACGGCAAGCCGAGCGAGGGACCCAUAUAUGAAAAAAUGAGAGAAAGCCGCAGGAUAUUCAAGUCUCGUCUAAAAUUCUGCCAGAAUAACCAAGAGCAGAUUAAAAUGGAUAUCCUUGCUUCACAACAUUCGGCUAAAAAGUUCAAUAAAUUUUGGAAGGGUACCUAAAAAACCUUAAUGGUAGGGUUAGCCUGCCUGUGAGCAUAGAUGGUGUGAGUGAGCCUACAUCCAUAGCAAAUAUUUAUAAGGAUAGUUUUCGUGUGAAGUCCGGCCUGCCAUCAUUGCCCAUUGCUGAGCCCUCCAAGGUAGAGCAGCCGGUUAGUUUCUCUGCUAAAGAUGUUCUCAGUAUCAUCAAAAACAUGAAGAGGGGUAAGUCUCCAGGCCAUGACGGGCUCAGCAUUGAGCACCUUCAGCAUGCAGGGCCCCACCUUAGCAGGGUACUGGCUAUGUUGUUUACCUUUUGCUUGCGACAUUCGUACUUACCGUCAGAUCUCAUGAAAAUUGUAGUAGUGCCGAUAGUUAAGAACCCCACGGCCGAUACCGCUGAUAAGACUAAUUAUCGACCAAUCUCCUUAGCCACGGUAAUCGCGAAGGUGUUUGAUGGGUUAUUAAAUCAAAAGCUUGAGAGCGUAUUAUUAUUGCAUGACACGCAAUUCGGUUUUCGGCGGGGGCUCUCUACUGAAAGUGCUAUAUUGGCUUUAAAGCACACUGUGCAUUAUUAUGUUAAGCGGAAAACCCCUGUAUACACGUGUUUCUUGGAUUUGUCCAAAACCUUUGAUUUAGUAUCUUAUGAAAAGCUUUGGACAAAGCUAAGAGACGCAGGAGUGUCUUCAGACGUAGUAGCCCUAUUUUCAUAUUGGUAUAGUCACCAAAGCAAUGCAGUUAGAUGGGGUAACGUAUAUUCUGAUGAAUACCUUCUUGAAUGUGGUGUUAGGCAGGGGGGUCUCACUUCACCAAGACUUUUUAAUAUUUAUGUCAAUAAGCUCGUCGAGGAGCUUAGUAGCACGCAUGUUGGUUGUCACGUAGAUAACGUUUACGUCAAUAACCUAAGUUACGCGGAUGACAUGGUGCUGCUGAGCCCCUCGAUAGGGGUAUGGGAAAAAUUAUUGCACAUAUGUGAGUCUUAUGCUGUGAAACAUGGCUUAAAAUAUACUGAGAAAAAGAGUGAAUUCAUGUUGUUUAAAGCCGACAAGAAAGGUCCGACUAUUAUACCUCCGAUCACUCUAAAUGGUACACCGUUGAGCCAUGUUUCCCAGUUUAAAUACCUAGGCCACAUAGUCACUGAAAAUUUAUGUGAUAAUGCAGAUAUUGAGAGGGAGCGCAGGGCAUUGUCGGUGCGUGGUAACAUGUUGGCACGUAGGUUCGCUCGCUGUUCAGCAGAAGUCAAAAUUACGCUGUUCAAGGCAUACUGCCAGACAUUGUAUACGGGCAGCCUGUGGGCCAGCUUUACACGCGCGGCCUAUAAUGCUCUGCGUAUCUCAUACAAUAAUGUAUUUAUGGCUCUGUUCAAGCUUCCUCGCUACUGCAGUGCCUCGGGCAUGUUUGCCGAUGCAGGAGUCGACGACUUCUAUGCGGUUAUUCGCAAAAAAAUUGGCUCAUUAGUAAGAAGAGUGAGAGAGAGCACGAACAGCGUCCUGAGGAUGGUAGGGGACCGGCUGGACUCCGUGCUGCUGGGCCGGUUUACUGAGCUGCACGUGCUGCGUUCACGUGUGUGGUGAAUCCGCCCAGCUGUAUGGGGCUCCACGCUAAUAUUUGUUAAAUUUUAUUUUAUUGUAUUGUCUUAUUGUUACUAACAUAGCAUUUAAGUCGAUUAUACUAACAUACCUAUGGACUCUGUCUGAAAAUAAAC